UUAAAUCAGUUAUCAACAUUAAUAAAACAAAUAGUUAAUACUUUGAAACCUACUACAGCUCCUCCCAGCACUACACCGACCAGUGCUUCUACUAUUUCAACGACUACUACAACAACUACCGCUAAAGCAUCAUCCUCCACUUAUUCUACAUCAACAACUGCUUCUACCAUGUCUUCUUUUGGUUCUCACCCACCAACAAAUUCUUCUGCCCCAACAACUGCUUCUUCCAUGUCUUCUUUUGGUUCUCACCCACCAACAAAUGCUUCUGCCCCAACAACUGCUUCUUCCAUUUCUUCUUUUGGUUCUCACCCACCAACAAAUGCUUCUGCCCCAACAAUUGCUUCUUCCAUGUCUUCUUUUGGUUCUCACCCACCAACAAAUGCUUCUGCCCCAACAACUGCUUCUUCCAUGUCUUCUUUUGAUUCUCAGCCACCAACAAAUGCUUCUGCCCCAACAAUUAAUACUGGGACUAAAAUACCUCUUUCAGAAAGCACUACAACAGACCAAUCAAAAAGUACCACAACACCCCAAACAAUGACUUUUUCCACUGUGGUACCAAGUAGCAAUCCAGUUUCCACAAGUAACAAAACAAACUUACCUGAAAGCACCACCACUAUAGUUGGAACACUUCCUAUAUCACUCAGUGCUGGAACUGUGUCUACACGUAAUCACCAAACUGGUUACGUUGCUAACAAUGAGACAUUUUCCCCCUCAGUUGGGCCUUCUAGUGCUGGGACAAAUACCCAAUCAGUAUCAGCCAAUUCAUCUACAACAUAUGGAACAAGUAAACCAGAUAUUUCACAUGGAGUAACAUCUCUUGCUUCCAGGACCACCAGUUUUGUUGCAACAUCCCCAAGCAACGCAACAGCAUUUUCCAAUACUGUGCCAAAUAACUCCUCAGUGUCUACUACAACAUCUACUUCCUCUGUUGGAGUUACCAGCCAGUUGCCAUAUACCUCUACAGCUUUUCCAAAUACUGCACCAAACAGACAAUCAACAUUUGCUGAUAACUCGACUUCAGUUUCCUCUUCUGGUGUCAGCAGUAUAAGAUCAACCACAACUUCCAGCGUCGGUACCAGCAUUGACAACUCAACAAUCACAAGAGCGUUUACAGGGACAAACAUACAAUCCUCGACCAUCCUUACUAUGACACCAUCAUAUAGUUCUGGUAUCAGUAGUCAGCAGUCAUCUACCAACACAUCAGUCGUAAGUCCAUCAUCUACUUCCAGUGUUGGAAACAGCAGUCCCAAUUCAACAAGUGCACCAUUGUUUCCAAAUACUGGACCAAACAACCAAUCUACAAUUGUCUCUACCACAACAUCUUCCAUUGUCAGUAUAAGUAGUAAACCGCCAUUGACCAACACUACCAACUUUCUCAGUACCAGAACAAUAAUCCCAUCAACAAAUUCAAGUAGCCUAUUGUUAAGUACUAUAAUUGGCUUCAGUAGUCAUCCGCCACUGGCCAACUCCACAGGUUUUCCAAGUACUGGCUCAAGUAUUCAACCAAUGACUACCUAUAAAGUAACUUUAUCUUCUAGUAUUAUUGGUACCAGUCAGCCAUCAUUAACCAGCAUGUCAACUAUUCAGAAUACUACACGAUCCACAACACCAACUUCCACUGUUAUCAGUUCUCAACAGUCAACAACCAACACCGUCCAGACACCAUACCCAGUUUCAACAUCUUCCAGCAGUCGGCAACCUCCAGUAACCACAGGAGCUUCUACCAAUGUUGGAACUAAUGGACAAUCAUCUUCCAAUACCUCAACAUUACCUUCAACUACUAGUAUCAGAAGUCAAGUGCCAUCGACCACCAUUGCGUCGUCUUCUAAUUCUGGAAUAAAUAACCAAACGACAUCCACCGCUGUCCCAUCAAGCUCUUCAACUACUGGUCGGCAACAAACAACCACUACAUUGGGUCCUUCAAGUACCAUAACCACUAGCCAAAAAACAACUAGUAGUACAUAUAGUACACAGCCUAAUAACCCAGCACCAUCUUCAAGUACACAGACCAUUACGCCAACAACAACAUCGACAAGCACAUCUUCCACCAGUCAGACAUCAUCUGCCAAUAACUCCAACAGUAGCACGUCCUUCAGUACUGGAGCACAGUCAGCAACGACAAAAGUAACAAAAUUCACCACGUCUUCCUCAACCACUGUCCACCCAAGCUGGUUUAUAAUGGUCCUGUGUCUGGUCCUUGGACUUCAUGGUUUGGAACGACUUAAAGAAAAUAUGACCCUCUUAUAACCUAUGACUCCCAAUGUGACGGAGGACAUCAUCUGGACGAACUUGCACUCAGCUUCACUCACUGGAUCAAUCAUCAGAGCAUAGAUUGAUUGUCUUAUCCUGACUACAAUGUGACAUCUAGAAUCUGAUUGGUUGAUUUAAAAAAAAAGCUCACACCAAUAAUUUCUUAAAGGGAUUGUCCUAGAUAAACAAAAAAAAAUGUCUGCCUUCCUAGAACGACAGCACCUGUCCAAAGGUUGCAUGUGAUAUUGUAGUUCAGACCCAUAUACUUCAAUGGAGUUUAGCUGCAAUUCCAAACACAAUCCAUGGACAAGUGUGGCGCUGUUUAAAAAAAUUAAAAGUAGUCACACUUUCCUAAUACUGAGUAAAUUCUCUAAAUCCCAGUUCUCUAACCCAGUCCUCAAGGCCCAUCAUCAGUCCGGGAUUUGAAAUGUUUCCCUGUUCUAUUCCAAAGAAGUAACUGGGGGAAAAAACAGAUCGUUGAUGGGCCUCGAGGACUGGGUCGAGGACCACUGGUCUAUAGAAUAUGGAUCAUGACAUAGUUGAGGUUACUUUCAACUGAAGGGUGAUAGUUCCUUUUCUACAAAAAAAAAAAUUGUCAUUGGAACUAUUUGUACAUCAAAAUGCACUUAGAAGAAAAUAUAUGAACCUGAAAUUAUACGGCAGAUUUAAAGGAA